CUCGAUUGGGAGUUCACUUUAACCACCGGGUUAUAGUACUGCCGCGGGCAUUGCCGUUCUCCGUUGCGCCUGCGGACUUCUCCCAGCUUCAACUACAUUCUCUCAUUCAAGCCAAGGCGCGUCGGCCAUGGCUAUAUCUAAGAAAGCGGGCAAGAAGAAUGCCUUGAAGUCAGGCGGGACGACUAAAGUUGCCAAGGCAGAUUGGAAAGAAGGAUUCAAAAAGAAACAAGUCGGAGUAUCCGAUAUGACACUUCUGACAACUAUUGACGAGAAUAGCAUCAACGACAACCUUAAGAAGCGUUGGACCGACGGAGAGAUCUACACUUACAUCGGCGGCGUAUUAAUAUCUGUAAACCCCUUUAAAGAUCUAGGAAUCUAUACGGAUGAAACCCUCCAGAAGUACAAGGGCAAGAAUCGACUCGAAGUUCCUCCGCAUGUAUUCAGCAUCGCAGAAUCUGCAUACUAUAACAUGAAUGCAUACCACGAAAACCAAUGUGUUAUCAUAUCUGGCGAGUCUGGUGCUGGAAAGACCGAGGCUGCCAAACGCAUCAUGCAAUACAUCGCAGCCGUGUCAGGAGGGGAGGAUAGCAGUAUACAGGAGAUCAAAGAAAUGGUGUUGGCUACCAAUCCUCUAUUGGAGAGCUUUGGUUGUGCAAAGACUCUUCGCAAUAAUAAUUCAAGUCGUCACGGUAAAUAUCUGGAGAUCAUGUUCAAUACCCACGGCGAGCCGAUCGGGGCUCAGAUAACGAAUUAUCUCCUUGAGAAAGGCCGAGUGGUAGGGCAGUUAGAGAACGAGCGCAACUUCCACAUCUUCUAUCAGUUCACAAAGGCUGCUUCAGAUGAGCAGCGAGAGGAAUUCGGGUUGCAGGGCCCAGAUGCAUAUAAUUAUACCAGCAGGAGCAAAUGCUUAGAGGUUCAGGGCAUCGACGAUUCAAACGACUAUGCAGAUACACUAAACGCCAUGAGGAUCAUUGGCCUCAGUAAUCAAGAGCAGAACGAAAUUUUUCGGUUGAUCGCAGUUAUUCUAUGGUUGGGGAAUGUCGAGUUUCAGGAGAUGGAUGAUGGAAAUUCGGCCAUCUUUGACACCGGAAUAACAGAUUUUAUUGCGCAUCUCAUAGAAGCAGACUCGGCGAUGGUCCAGAAGGUUCUGACGUCAAGAGUCGUUGAAACUCAGCGAGGGGGACGACGAGGUUCUGUUUACGACGUUCCCCUGAAUCCCGCACAAGCAAACGCUGGAAGGGACGCACUCGCAAAAGCGAUUUACAACAAUCUCUUUGAGUGGAUUGUUGCGAGAAUCAAUGUGUCGAUGAAGGCUCGAAGUGCCUCGGCACAAGUCAUUGGUAUCCUGGACAUCUUUGGUUUCGAAAUUUUCGAGGAUAACUCUUUCGAGCAAUUAUGCAUCAACUAUGUCAACGAGAAACUUCAGCAGAUUUUUAUCGAAUUGACACUUAAGACUGAACAGGAGGAGUACGUCAGGGAGCAGAUCAAGUGGAAUCCCAUCAAAUACUUCAACAACAAGAUUGUCUGCGACCUCAUUGAGGAGCGCAAACCCCCUGGAAUAUUUGCCGCUUUAAACGACGCUUGCGCAACAGCGCACGCCGAUCCAGCUGCAGCAGAUAACAGUUUCGUCCAGCGGACGGCCAUGCUAUCUUCUAAUGCCCACUUUGAAGCUCGCGGAUCUCAGUUUCUGGUUCGUCACUACGCCGGAGAUGUCAUGUAUAAUAUCGCUGGCAUGACAGACAAGAACAAGGACGCACUAGUGAAGGAUCUUUUCGAUUUGGUUGGUAGCAGCGGCAACCAGUUCCUUCAGACACUGUUCUCCGACAGACCCGAUCCCUCAAGCAAGAAGAGACCGCCCACUGCUGGUGACAGGAUCAAGGCGUCGGCAGGUGCUCUUGUGGAUAAUUUGAUGAAAGCUCAGCCUUCUUACAUUCGAACAAUCAAACCAAACCAGAACCGUAGCUCGAAAGAAUAUGAUACGAAAGCCAUCUUGCAUCAAAUCAAAUACCUUGGAUUACAGGAAAAUAUUCGUGUACGUCGCGCAGGAUUUGCGUACCGGAACACCUUCGAGAAAAUGGUGGAACGCUUCUACCUUUUGUCGCCUUCGACAUCGUACGCUGGUGAAUACACAUGGCAGGGGGACGCGAAAUCUGGUUGCGAAAAAAUUCUCAAGGAUACAGGGAUAGCCAAGGACGAAUGGCAGAUGGGGGUUACAAAGGCUUUUAUCAAGAAUCCCGAAACACUAUUUGCCUUAGAGACUAUGCGUGACCGUUACUGGCAUAACAUGGCAGCACGUAUUCAGCGAGCCUGGAGAAACUACUGGCGCUAUAAGAAUGAGUGCGCUAGACGCAUUCAGAAGUUCUGGAAGAACAACAAAGAAGCCCUUGAAUAUGCCAAAGUCCGCGACUAUGGUCAUCAGGUAUUGGCAGGAAGAAAAGAACGCAGACGUUACAGUCUUCUAAGCUAUCGCCGUUUUCUGGGUGACUAUCUUGAUGUUAAUGGCCAGAACAUUGUUGGAUCUGACCUGCGCUCCGCCUGUGGCCUUGGUGCGGAGCAGGCCACGUUCAGCUCGAAAGUGCAGAUCUUGGUGUCCAAAUUUGGUCGGUCCAGCAAACUUAGCCCACGUUUCCUUAUAGUGACUGCAAGAGCUGUGUACAUUGCGGUAACUUCUGAGAAGAAUGGUCAGAUACAAACCUCGCUUGAACGCAAGAUUCCCUUGGUAACUAUCAAGAGUAUAUCGAUGUCUAAUUUAAGGGAUGAUUGGCUGGUAUUGAAUUGUAAUGCCUCUGAAGAGGGUGAUCCGAUUCUUCAUUGUUAUUUCAAGACGGAGUUGACCGCGAAUCUUCUUACGCUCACGCAAGCUAGUAUCAACGUCUUGAUUGGCCCGUCGAUCGAAUAUGCGAAAAAGAAGGACAAGAAGGCACAGAUCCAAUUUGUCAGAGACGAAACGAUCACAAAAGAUGAUGUAUACAAGAGCCACGUUGUGCACGUCCCAUCUGGCGAGCCUCCAUCGAGCACAUCUCGACCUGCUGCAAAAAGGAAACCCGGUAUUGUUAGACCCAUCACCCAAGGAAAGCUCCUUCGCGCUGGCGGCCCUUCAGAUGGAAAGACUUCCAGGCCGAAGCCAGCCGCCCAACCACUGCCAGGGAAACCUACACAAUUUGCUGCCGUCAGGCCAACACCAGUGGUGCCUAAAUCAGCCCCUACGCCUCCUACUAAUAUUCCAGUUCCGCCGCCGCCGCCACACAAAGAGCCUGAGGCAGAGUUAUACAAGGCAAAGUUCGCUUUCGAGGGUCAAGAAGGCGAGAUAUCUUUGAAGAAGGAUGAUACCGUAGAACUGAUUGAGAAGGAUGAUAAUGGGUGGUGGCUUGUAAGGAAGGACGGGCAAGAGGGCUGGGCUCCAAAUAAUUACUUAGAACUUAUACCGCCAAAACCUAAAGCGGCACCUGCAGCACGCUCCCCUCCACCUCGACCGCCACCACCACCUUCAGCUCCACUAGCAGCCAUUGCCGCUCCUAUCCCUGCUUCAGCUUCCAAACCAGCUGUUUCGACCAUGUCUGUGAAGUCAUUGACAGCAGACGCAUCAAAUAAGCCCGUGGCUGUUUUCCCUGGCCUUGCACCAUCGAAUGGCUCCGCAGCGCCUUGGAAGAAGCCUGCAGCUGUAUCAACUAAUGGGUCAUCAAGCAGUACACCUACAAGCUCUCGCCCUUCGAGUUCAUUAGGAGCAAAACCCCCUCCACCAGUUGCCCCCAAACCCAAACCUGUGCCACCACCUGUCGCAUCGAAGCCAAGCGGCGGCAAGCUAUCUCCUAAGCCACCUAUACCCAUGGCCCCGCGACCAGGUGCCGGCGCUGCGCCACCGAAGAUUCAUAAGCCUAGUGCACCUGCUGGUCAGAUGGACUUGGCUGCUGCGCUCGCGAAGCGUGCACAGAAGAUAGCCGGUGAAUGAUCUAAUGAAUUAUUUGACUUCGUACAAUACCAUUUCAAGGACUUUUUACUGGAAACGUGAAAUUCAGCAUUUAAAGGAACAUAUUGGAUAAUGCGAUAUGGACGCG